UGAUAACUAAAAUUUUGAAUUUUUGAACUCUUGAGAUUUCGAGAUUUCGCCACGACAAAUUGAGAUCAUGCUUACUUAGGUAUCUAUGUAACUAAUUCUCUAAAACCACUUCUUUCACUUUGGAAAUCCUUUAGAGAUGUUACAGGCGUCAAGUAGAUCGUUUGUGUGUUGGAGGUGCGCCUCUCGGCGAAUCACAUCAGACGCAGUUCUCUCAAGGUCUAAUGGGAGAUAUCUACCAAGAGCCAAUGACUCCCUACUGAGAAGAACUUUGGCGACUGUGCAACAUCCCAUAUCGAAGGAUGAUGUUUCAGGUUCUCAGUCGGGUGCCCCUCAAGAAGAAGAGAAGGAAAAGAGACUUCCUAUCCGAGAACGCUUACGGAUAUGGGACAGUGAGAACUUAGAUGAAGCAAAAUCUAUCUUGAACGACUCUGCCGAGGCAGGCGAGUUGUCCAAUAGCUUCACUCGACCUCAAAAUGUGACCAUGGCCACUUUCGCUGUUGCCUCACCACUGUUUGAUGGUGAUGAGCUCGGAGACCUACGGUCUGAUGAUGCCAACCUAAAGCCUGGAGAUAUGGUAGAGUUGGGCUCCGAAGGCUCGAGACGACCGGUGUUGGCAAUUUGCCUGGGCCGUUAUAACGGCUACGAGCAUUUUUACACCAACAGCGGCAAAUGGUUUACUGGUCUAGGUGUCAAGACGCUCUUCGUAGUCCAUAAGUUUGUCGAGCCAGAAGAGCUUAAGGCUGUCAUUAAUGAACUGCCGUCCAGUGAAACCCCCUUGGAAGCUCUCAAUGCCUUGCAAGACCUUGGCCAUAACCCUUCAAGAGCAAUAGGAGCCCCACUACUACGUAAGAUGCUGGAAUUCACUUACCAAGCCGAAUCUAUAUACCAAGCGAAUGCCGGUACCCUGGAUGCGUCCAGUAAGUUCAUAGGCGAUCCAGAGGAGCACCGUUACCUCACCCUCCACGAGAUCGCCACAACACUACUGCCCAAGUCCUAUCAAAAGGAUGGAAAGUUUGAACCUCAAGCUUUGUAUGCGGUACACAGAUCUCUAUUACAGGAUGAGGUUUUCUUCCGGCCGCUCAGACAGACUGGUCACAAGCGAUCUUACCUUUUUGAAGUUAGCCCACUGUCUGAGGUUCGCAUUAUAAAGAAAGCAGAACGUAUGAUACGACAUUAUUUAGAGAGAGAGCUGCUAGAAGACAAGACAUCAAUGCCUUCUCCGGUGAUAGGCUUCCUCGAAAAAGCUCGCAAAUUGAUCGACAAAAGCCGAGAAGGUCGGAAGUGGACAGGGAGCGGCAUCAUCGGACCAUUGGCAAAAACCACAACGGCACCCAAAAUCGCUCACGAAUGGUCGCCCGUAGAAAAAGAUAUUCUAAAAUUUAUGGAACUAUGGGCUAGCUAUCAGAAAUUUCCAAGCCACUCAAGCCUUCAGUGCCUUGGCUCGGCCAUCCUCCGAGCCCUUGACAGGUACCAGGAUGCUGAAAGCUUAUCAGCGUCAACUGGUUGGUCGUUUCUACAAGAAGUUGGCUGGAUACCUGCCUGGGAAAUUCCCGCUCGCUAUAAUAUACGCUUCCCGGGAGUUGAUAUUAAGCGUGGAGGAGGCUAUAUCCGGCCUGACAUCGGCGACCUAGAUGGUCAACUGAGGCAAGACAUUUUGGCUCCUAUGAGGAAGACAUGGGAAGGCCUCACUGCUUAUUGUAUUGAUUCCGAAUCUACUAUGGACAUUGACGACGCUGUGUCGCUCGAGCCGACAUCUGAUCCUGGCCAAUAUUGGAUUCACGUUCACGUAGCAGAUCCGGCUUCAUCUAUCCCCUCUGAUACGCCAGUCGCUAAAUAUGCUGAGCUGAUCCCGCAAACGAUAUACCUGCCUGGCCAUUUUGAACGUAUGCUUCCCGACAGCCUGAGUCGAGACCGAUUCUCUCUGGCCCCAAAUCGGCCUUGCCUAACUUUCAGUACCUUGGUUGAUGUAGAUGGCGUUGUUCUGGACCACACAAUCACACCCGGAAUUUUGAAAGAUGUCGUAUACAUGACCGGCGAGGAUGUUGCUUUAGGCAUAGAAGAUGACCGAACGGAACCUAUCGUUGGGGAAACAGAGAUCCAACUGGGAUCUAUUCCUACCCCAAAGCCGGCUCCCAGGCUAAUGACACGCCCCGGCGAUUUAAAGGAUGAUCAAAAGGAAGAAUUGACAUUACUGACGAAAUUAGGAAGAGCUGUCCAAGCCCGGCGACUCAGUAAGGGAGCCACUCCUUUCUUUCAACCACGGCCUGAAGCCCAAGCCUACUUUGACCAUUUGCCGCAGCGCCAGAUGAGUAAUUUCUUGUCUAUGAUGGGAGAUCCAUCGAUUCGUGUUGCGUAUUCUCAGCGCUCUGGCAUCGACUUGGUUGAGAAUGCUAUGAAAUUAGCAGGUGAGACCGCUGCUCAAUGGUGUAACGACCGAGGUAUCCCGAUUCCAUUCCGCUCGCAGCCUUACGCCAUGCAAAAUGCCCCUCUCGUCGAGCAGUAUACACGUGAUGUCUUUUAUCCUCUCCUCAAGGCAGGCAUUCGGCCAGACGACGCUCAAUGGCGUCAUCUACAGGCGCUCAUAGGCGGCGACGAGAUUACUACGAAAGCUGGUCCACAUUUCACCCUCGGCGUUCCGAUGUACACUAAAGCGACCUCACCACUACGUCGUUUUUCAGAUCUACUCGUUCACUGGCAAAUAGAGGCCGGCCUCAUUGAGGAACAUCGUCGCGGUGAGAGUCUGGUUGGUAACAAGGAUGACUCCUUUUUGGCCUUCACCCGCUCGCAGUUAGAUCGAAUGCUACCGAUGAUCCGGGUGCGGGAGAAGCAAGCGCGUGCCCUCGCCAGCGGUGACGGUGGAGACCAAUGGAUCCUCCAAGCCCUCGUGCGAGCGUGGCGAUUUGGCGAGGCCCAAAUCCCCGAGACUUUCCGGUUCCAUGUCGUACACGUUCAUGGGCGACGCUCCAUCCUCGGAAAAAUAGACUGGUUCGAGCGGACUGCCCUGUUGCGCCCUGAAGCCCUCAAUGACGUGGCGAAGAUGGCUGACGUACGGGUCAAUGACGUUUACGAGGUGAAGCUGAAGGACGUUAACGUACAUAGUAACCGAAUCCUCGUCGAGGCUGUCAAGGUUCUCGAAAGGGCCCAGGGCAAUAUCCCGGUUGCUCCAGAAGGCGAUAUUGUGGAGGCGGAGGCGCUGCAAGUUUGACAACUUUCAUGGACGACUUUGUAGCACUAGAGAGACGUUUAGAGGUAACAUAGCAGUGUGUACUUUUACUAGUUUCUACUACUUGCUAUGCAAGUGUGUGAAACCACGAUGUAACGAAUAGAGAAUACGAACCACCUUACUCCGUAUCUCUCUCUAUCUAUGAAUCUAUCUCUCUUCGCUUGCCUAUCCGCCCCUUUUUUGUAUUUUGUGAUUACUCACGCUCACUUACCUACGUUUAAAUCCCUAACCUGGUACCUACCUACCUACCUACCUA